AUGGCCUCCACAGACUCGUCGCCGCUACUGCAGCCGCUAAGCGCGGCUCAGAGUCCGUCACCGUUGGGUCUCACCACCUCGUCUGUGCCCAAGACCUUCCUCUCUCACGCAUCCAGCCAGACGGAAAAAGGUUCCGCCUUCUCGUCUUUCCUCGGUCUCGCCACGACCAUGACAGGAGCCUGUAUCCUGACUCUCCCAGGCAUCGUCCAAGCAGCAGGUCCCGUCCCGGCUCGGUUUCUGCUCGUCAUGAGUGCGUGGAUGGCGUUUCGUGCCUGUGAGAUGCUCACUGUGAGCUGUGCCGCGACGGGUGCGUACUCGUACGAGGCGCUGAGCUCUCGUCUCUUUGGAGCUGCAGGUGUGUGGGCUGUGCGGCUACUAACGCUCGCGCUAUUGUUCGGCGCUAUUGUGAGCUACAUGGUGAUUGCUAUGGACCUCUUUGAGCCUUUUCUAGUGGACGUUCUGACUCGUCAAACCAUUGGUCUGCUCUUCUUGCUCGUGGCUAUCCCCUUGUGUCUGCCGGACACCAUCUACGCGCUCCGGUUCGCCAACAUUGCAGUACUGCUGUGUCUACUCUACAUCCUUGUGGCGAUCGGUAUCCGGACGAUGUCUAGAGAUCCCGAGUUUGCUGCACACAUUCCGAGAAAUCCAGCAGACGAGUUUGAUUCCGAGUUUGCAGCGCUGGCGUAUGCGCUGCCCAUUGUCAUGCUGAGUUUCGUGUGCCAGCUGAACGUACCACGUGCGUACCAGGAGAUUCGUGACAAGACGCAGAUGACACUCGUCCACAAGGCACUGGUGGCAUGGGGACUCUGCAUCUAUCUCUUCUUUGCCUUUUUAGGCUAUGUGUGUUUCCGUGGGCAACCACCGAGCAAUAUCCUAACGGGGUUCGCAGCAGAUGACCAUCUCAUUAACGGUGCACGUCUUGCGCUUGGUAUCUGCAUGGUACUCAAGACGCCAAUGACAUUCCAGCCGCUGCGUUAA